ACUCCUCUCUGACAUCGGCUUGCCGGCAGAAAAAUAAUUUCGGAUGGGAGAAAUCGAAGAGGAAGCCGCACCAGCAAACGCCGACGAGUCAUCACCGUUAUUAUCGGACCCGAAUUCUCCCCAUAGGAUCCGGUCGGUUAGAACGACGGUGCCCGAGGUCGAGGUCCACCUCUAUAAGCUUGGGAAAGGCCCCAUCGACGUCUUCAAGUCCAGCCUCAGUGGGUGGGACCAAGACCAGUUGGAGGUCCGCGAUAUUCUGGACAAAUAUGGGUUCAAAUCCGUCUAUGCUUUCACUCCUGGGUCAGGUCGCGGAGCCCCGAUCCGAUUUAAUCCCAGAAAUGGCAGAUCUUUGCUUUCUUACAAAGAUGGCUCCGUUGUUUACCUCGAUGGACAACCCAAGGACUCUUUGGUCAAACCAGUUACGAAAAUAGUGUCCGGGGUUGCAUUUAUAACCGCUUUGAUAGUAUUUGCUAUCAAGGAGGCCCCGCCAGAUUGGGCAAGUAAGUUGAACCUUUCAGGUGGUCGUAUUCCCCCAUGGAUCCUUGCUUGCGUGGUUAUUGUGUUCACCCGCAUGAGGAAGAGAACUAGGGAUUUUCUGGAAAAGCGUGGCAGAUGAAUUGAAGCUUUCAUGAGCUUAGGCAAAUUUUAUUGGCGUGAAAAUUUUCAGUUCUUAAACAUUUCCAUGUUCCAGCUAGUACUAACCAUCACAUGGUGCUGUUGCUUAGAUUUCCUCAGAAAAUACAGAGAACCUUCCCCUGUUGCACUCAUUUACGUAUAAAUAACUAGUUUGGGUACUUGCA